AUGUCGGUAGGAACCGGCCAUGGAAAACCUCCUGUCCCUUUUCACGAGUACUCUGGCCGGGACUGUGACAGGGGCACCCUAACGAAGAAGGAGAUGAAGGAGCUGAUCCAGAAGGAGCUCCCCCUGGGCUUGGCGAGUACCCUUGCUGAGAUGGAAGCAGUCCUGCUGGACAUGGACCAGAACUGCGAUGGCAUCGUGAGCUUCCAGGAGUAUUUCACCUUCCUGGGGACUUUGGUUUCCAUCUAUAGUGAAUCGCUCAAGGAGAACAAAUAA